AGCCGUCUCAGUUUCCGCUCAGUUGAAACUGAAAUGAUGUCGCAGAUCAGAAACUCAAGAAAUCUCCUUCCUCACCUCAUCAUCUCAGUUAGUCCCACGAAACAAACCAAACUACCCCGCGUUCAGUACACAAAAAGCAAUGCAUAGUGGCCAAAUGAAAGACUAUACACUCAGGCUCUACUACGGUAGCCCCGAAAUCUAUCAGAAAUACGAUGACAACAUCGCGAGCUUGGUCAAAACUAAGUACGGCGAAGCCGGUGCUAUAAAUUUCAUCGAACCGCCUGACUAUGAAGACCAAACCCACUUUUUCGUGUUCGAAGCGCCAAUCGAUGCAAGUGAUAAAGUGCAUGCCGUAAAGCUAGAAGAUGACAUUAUCGUUGUGUUGGAAACGCUCCUGCCUGACGAGUAGGGCAACCCUAAGAUCAAUUUCUCGGGAUAGAGCAAA